UGGAAGUUGAACGUCACUGCCAAGACUACAAUUUUGACUUUGGUGCAGAAUAGAUAAUUUGUAACUGUGGAGAUUUUUGAAUUAAAGUUUUUAAAAUAAGUAAAACAUGGUUCGGCAACGUGAACGUAGAUCUCAGGCAAAUUCAGAUAGCAAUAAAGCCGAUAAAGGAACCAAUAGCAGCAGCAGUAAUGGAAGUAGUACCUCAACAUCAAAAUCUUCAGAAUCGGUUAAUCUAUUUCAUUAUUGGAAACAAUUUGUAGUCAUUCUAGUUCUUAGUGUAGCAGUUUGUUUUGGAUAUAUGGGUUAUUUAGAAACGAGAAUAAAUACCCCGUUCGAUGAUAGAAAGGUAGUUUCUCAUAGCGGUUUAGAUGUUCCUGAUUUAUUUUGGGGUAGUUACAGACCAGGUGCUUAUUUUGGUUUAAAAACUAGAGAUCCAACGUCUUUAGUUACUGGUCUUAUGUGGUAUUUUCCUCUUCGUCUAAAACCAGGGGGAGAUGGUAUAAGACAUUGGUGUGAACAAGGUGACAACCUGGAAAAAUAUGGUUGGUUGCAGCAUGAUGGAUACAAUUUUGGUAUUCAAGAAAUUAUUGAUGGGCCUUUUAAUAUUACAACCUCAUUUGUAAAGAAACCAGGAGGCAAUCAUGGUGGAGAAUGGUCAGCCAGAGUUGAAGUCAAUUAUAAAAAAAAUAAUCCUAAUGUAAGUAAAGAAGAAGUUUCCUUGUUAUGGUAUGUUGCCUUAGAUGAAGAAACCAAGGGGUCCAUACAACCCACAAACCUUGCCACUAAAAUCACUGGCAUUAGAGGGAAAACUGCAACAUUGGGAGAUUUUAGAAUAAAAUUAGUGAAUACAUCAGGUGUGCUAAGUCAUGAAUCGUUUUUAAGCACAACAGCACCUGGAUUGCAUUUACUUAAAGAAACUGUGAUAUCGUCGUUAAGACUUGCUCAAGACAAUCCAAAAUCACCAAGAAAAAUUGUGUUAGGUGGACAGUUACAAGCAUUUAAUGGAGAUCAGAAGAUAGAUCCAAACCUCGUAGCAAUACAAUUAACCGGAAAAGUUCCUUUUACUAUAGAUAUCAGUUAUGAAUCAGGUUUCAAUACGCAGGAAAGUUUAAAUGGAAACGCCUAUACUGAAGUACUUGAGACAUACAGAAGAAAAUUUUUGGAAAAAUUUGAGAAAACGUUUAAAUUAAAACAAAAAGGAUAUCAACCAAGGGAAAUUAAAUUUGCUCAAGCAGCACUGAGUAACAUGAUUGGGGGAAUCGGUUAUUUUUAUGGUUCCUCAAGAGUUCAAAGUGAUUACAUUAAAGAACCUGUUUAUUAUUGGAGAGCUCCAUUGUACACAGCAGUUCCAUCGAGGAGCUUCUUCCCACGUGGUUUCCUUUGGGACGAAGGAUUUCACGGUUUUCUAAUUUCCAAAUGGAGUCUGGACAUGGAAUUAGACAUUAUGAGUCACUGGUUUGACCUCAUGAACGUGGAAGGUUGGAUACCCAGAGAGCAAAUUCUUGGAAUUGAAGCUUUAGCUAAAGUACCCAGUGAAUUUGUAGUUCAAAAGAAUACGAACGCUAACCCACCUACCUUCUUCUUGACGCUAGAAAGUAUUUUGGAUAUAUAUGAUAAUGAAUUGAAUGGUGAGAGAUUUAAGUUGUUGGAAAGGCUUUAUCCCAGAUUGCAGGCUUGGUUUGCUUGGUUCAACACAACUCAAAAAGGUACUAUACCAGGAUCAUACAGGUGGCGCGGAAGGGAUGCCACAUCCAAAAGAGAACUCAAUCCGAAAACGCUAACGUCAGGACUAGAUGAUUAUCCUAGAGCGUCACAUCCAACUGACGAUGAAAGACAUAUCGAUCUUUAUUGCUGGAUGGCCAUUGCUGCAAAGACUAUGGCUCGUCUAGCUAAACUGUUAGGAAAUGAUGGUUACAAAUAUGAACAAACUGCAAAGUAUUUGUUAAAUAAUGAGUUAAUGGAUAGGUUGCAUUGGUCAGAUCAUGCUGAAGUUUAUGCAGAUUAUGGUCUCCAUACGGAUGCUGUAAAGUUACAAAAACCGAAACCGUUAACACGAAACCAGAAUCAAAACCUCGAAAUGCAAAGGGUUGUUAUGAAGAAACCAGAAUAUCGCCUAGUAGACUCAACUUAUGGUUAUGUUAGUUUGUUUCCUUUUAUGCUUCAAGUUUUAGAUCCCAAAUCACCGAAACUAGAAAAAACCUUAGAAGUUCUAAUACCUCGCUUACUCACCCCUUACGGGCUACAGUCUUUGUCGAAAGAUUCACCUUUAUAUGGAAAGAGAAACACCGAACACGAUCCCCCUUAUUGGAGAGGCCAAAUAUGGAUACCAAUCAAUUAUUUGGCCACGAAAGCCCUUCAUCAUUAUUCCAAAGUUAAUGGGCCUUACCAGGAAUUAGCUAAAGAAAAAUACGAAACGUUGAGGUCGGCGUUAAUAAAAAAUGUAAUCGAUCAAUAUUAUAAAACCGGUUACAUUUGGGAACACUACAACGAGAAAACUGGCGAAGGUGGUGGAGCGAGGCCUUUCAAUGGUUGGUCAGCAUUAGUAGUUUUAUUGCUAGGGGAAGAAUAUUAAAAUAUCAGAGCGAUUUUGUAUUUAGUAGGCUUUAAAAGGUUUAAAGGUUCACAAAAGACUGAACAAUUUCACAGUACUAUUUUAAGCAAUUAAUAUUUUCUUGAUUGAUAACUUUUAAAGUAGUCAGAUUUACAGUUCAACUUUAAGUGUGGGACUGCAAUACAAUAAGUAUUAAAGUUGUUAAAUAUUUUAAUAAAGAAGAAUUGGGACUAAAACAAUUAUACUGUAACUAUUCCUAAUCGAUCCAAUCAAAGUUUUAAGCUGUUGACUCACUGUAUCUACAAAUAAAACUU